UGUUGAGACAAAACAGGAUUGUCAUUCCACAUUCCAUGCGCCAGGAUAUGCUACAGCGUAUCCAUGAGGGACAUCUUGGUGUGGAGAAAUGCAAAAGGAGAGCGAGAGAAGCAGUUUACUGGCCUGGUAUCAACAAAGAUAUUGAGGAGAUGAUACAGAAAUGUGAAACAUGUCUCAAACAUCGCUACAAGCAAACAAAAGAGCCGAUGCUGAUAACAGACCUACCCACAGCACCAUGGCAAAAGGUAGGCACCGAUUUGUUUCAUCUGCAUGGCAAGGACUAUCUUCUGGUGAUUGACUAUUAUUCUAACUAUCCAGAAGUUGCACAGCUUUCCAGUACAUCAGCACAGUCUGUCAUCACUCACAUGAAAGGGUUUUUCACCAGACAUGGAAUCCCACAGUGUGUGGUCAGUGACAAUGGCCCACAAUAUGACUGCGGUGAAUUUAGUGACUUUGCAAAGCAAUAUGGAUUUCAACACAUCACCUCUAGCCCCUUGUAUCCACAGGCGAAUGGACAGGCUGAAAAAGGGGUCCAAAUUGUGAAGAGACUGUUAAAAAAGGCAAUAGACAGUAAGACUGACCCUUACCUGGCUUUGCUAAGCUACAGGGCCUCACCUCUGGAGUGUGGAGCAUCCCCUGCUGAGCUGCUCAUGCAUCGCAAGCUGCGUACCACACUUCCACAAAUUCCAAGAGACAAUGAUAACAAACACAACAACAAGCUGACUGACAAAAGGAUGAGACUCAAACACAGACAGAAAAUGAACUACGACAAGACAGCAAGGCAUCUGGAACCUAUUCAGGAAAAGGAUGUUGUGAGGAUUGAGGGCCCUCAUUCCUGGGACAGGAAAGCAACAGUUCUCAGUGAAGUAGGACCCAGGUCAUUUGUCGUCAAGACAGAGAAUGGACAAGUGUUAAGAAGAAACAGGAGGAGUCUGUUAAAGACUCAGAACAUUGAAUAUCAGGAUGAGGAGACUGGAUCUGAACAACAAGAGUGUGUCACACCAGAGGGGCACCACAGCGAGCCUCCUUCAUCUUCCCCAAUACCUGAGACACUGAGAAGGUCUACCAGACCAAGGAAACCGCCUGAGAGGCUCAUAGAACAAGAAUGA